AUGGGCCUGGCAGGAGAUAUCAAGGUAUACGACUCCCAGGUAAGCUGAAUAUUGCCUUGUUGUCUUUGCUUGCUCACCAUCUCCUUCUUAGCUACGAGUUAGCUCAACGGGUAGACAAGUUACCAAUCGCCAAUGCUGCUGCCGCUGCCAACUAGUAGAACGCCUUCGUCGAGAGGACACAAACCAGGCGAAAGUCCUGGUCGUGUGCAGUAGUGCACGCCGCCAACACCAGGACUGGUUCGACGACAACGACGCCGUCGUCAGCAAUCUGCUUGCCGAGAAGAACCGCCUUCACAAAGCCUACGUAGACCACCAAACUGAUGCCACCAAAGCUGCCUUCUACCAUAGUCGCCGCCAACUGCCCCAACGUCUGCGCGAGAUGCUGGACGCCUGGACUGCUCGCAAAGCUGUUGAGAUUCAAGGCUACGCGGACCGCAACGAAUGGAAGAACUUCUUCUUCGCGAUCAAAGCUGUCUACGGUCCGCCGACGAAGGGCACUGCUCCUCUCUUCAGCGUCGACGGCAACACUCUCUUAACAGAGAAUACGCAAAUCCUGUAG